GUCAACUCCCAGGAACAGUGAGGAGGAGCGUCGGCAUAGGUAGCGGCGGGCAGCGGCUGGAAUUGAGCGAGCAGUGGACAUCAUGGCUCUCGAAAAGGCUAAGGAAACCGUUUCCUCCAACCCUGUCGUGGUCUUCAGCAAGACAUUCUGCCCAUUCUGCGUAAGGGUGAAGAAGUUGCUAGAUCAGUUGGGGGCCAGGUACAAGGCAAUUGAGUUGGAUGUUGAGAGUGAUGGAUCUGAUAUCCAAGCAGCACUGGCAGAAUGGACUGGUCAGAGGACUGUUCCAAAUGUUUUUAUUGGGGGGAAACAUAUUGGUGGCUGUGAUGAUACCCUGGCAAAGCAUCAACAAGGUAAACUGGAACCUCUGCUAAUUGAGGCUGGUGCCCUUGCCAAUGCAGCAUAGCCUGUCUAAAUGCUAGUGUGCUGUCUGAUCUAGGUCUUAGCCUUUCCAGAAUAAGAUAUUGGGAACUCUAUGAGUUCAAGACUUAAUGUUUUAUAACACAGUUGUUGAACAUUUUGUCAACAAGAGUUGUGGUUGCCACUGUUAAAUGUGUUGAUGCUGUGUACUGUA